UGCCUCCUGUUUUUACUUCUACUCCUGUACCAGGGCUCAUGCUUACGUGGCAACACUUAUCGUGCUGAAGGCAACUUUAGACUUUGAGGAUUGCAGCUGAAGAGGUGUUUGGUAGGUGUAGUGUUAGGAAGAGGAAUGUGGAAGGACAUUUUUGGAUUUUGCCUAAAGAAGAGGAGGGAACAUAGGGUGAUUGUCUGAAAGAGACAGGAGACUGUAAGUGGUGUCAGUGGCACUUUUGAGUUUAUCUGUUACCUUUUAAACAAAACGAGAAAACUCAAAAUGACAAUACACUAACAUAUGCCAGUGAAUACCAUUAUCCCUAAUGCUAAAACAUCUGCAUAUUUUUUUGCAGAUCCAUGGCACUAGUUUCACUAGUGUAAUUUAAAAUGGCUGAAGUUGCUGUCUUAUGUUAGCUGUGGUGAUGAAGUGAUGAAGGACAUUAAUAAAAAAUCAAUCAGUGGUAAUAAAGUUAGUCAGUGCUAAAAUAAGAAGUGUAGCAAUAGCUGAUCAGAAAAUGACUCAUCUGUAGUGGAAAUAUGUUCUGACAGUUUAACAGUGAAGACAAAGAGAAACUAAGUCAGUGUGCAGUGUGAAGUCACUGUAUAUUUCCUGAUCUACAGUCACAGCAUCACUCUGAGAAUAGACAAAGCAGCUUUAGAGCUUUUUCACGGGAAGCUGCAGAACCAGAGUGCCAGAUCCAUGGUUGCCCCCCAAAACAUGACAUCAUCUUUGGACCAGACCUAUGAUGUUGACGAGACAUCCAUUAACCCAUACUUUAUGGCGGUCUACAGUCUGGUGUUCCUAGUGGGUUUACUCCUCAAUGGCUUUACAUUGAAGGUCUAUCUUUGUCGAGAUUGGCCUAGGGUAUCCAACAGCUUGAUGGUCUACCUGAAGAACCUGACAGCUGCUGACUUCCUGCUCUGCCUCUGUCUGCCACUCCGCAUUACCUACUAUGCCAGCAGCUCUCCCAUCAUUCGUAGGCUGUACUGCAGCUUUGGAGCUUCUGCCUUAUUCAUUAACAUGUAUGCCAGUAUACUAUUCAUGGGGUACAUCGCUGCCAACAGGUAUCUAAGGAUCAUCCAUCCUUCAGGAACUCACAUGCUGCAGACAGUGCAAACUGCACGAAUCAUCUCUGUCAUCACCUGGGUUUUUCUCCUGGCUCCAACAGUCGUCUAUGUUAUCAUUUUUUUCAGCUCCCAGAAACCUCUGACCUUUAAUCCUAGCCGCUGCGUUCACCUGUUUACUCCAUCAGUCAGCCUGUUGUUCAGAAUUCUCCACACCUUCUCUGCCUUCAUCUUCCUCUUGGUCUUCAUAUCCCUGGUCUUCUUCUAUUACAGCAUCUCCCGCAGAGUGCUGGAGGCACAGCAGACACAGCUGGCCUCCUCUGGCACUGAGAAGCUGCUGAAGUCUCGCAGAAACAUGUUGGUGCUGGUCAGCAUCUUCUGUGUUUGCUUUGUCCCCUAUCACCUGGUUCGUCUUCCCUUUGCGUUUCUGUGGAGCGAUGACUCAGUAGGUCCAGUAUUGUUCUACCUGAAGGAGGUGACCACCAUGGUGUCAGUUUUCAACAUCUGCCUGGACCCUGUUGUUUACUUUUUCCUCAGUAACACUUUUUGGGACAAGGUCAGAAAGGCGAGAGCCCAACAUACAACUAGAAACAAGGAGAAUGAGAGCAGGAGGGACAAGCUGGACAUCAUUACAUUAGAACCAGUGACUUCAACCAGUUAGUUGUGAAAAUGUACAUUUAGAUUUCAAUUUUGUUUACAAGUUGAUAAAAUCAGUGUCAUGGACCUUUAUCCUCGCAAACCACAAGUCAGAAAUCCAAACAAAGCUAAAGUCAACACAGAAACAUUUCCACAGAGACGGCAUCAGUGUUUAUGUUUCUAGUUUUCAGGAAUGAGCCCAAAGGCUGAUUUAGUAUGAAUGAACUGAACCAUUCUGUGGUCAAAUUCAAAUGUUCUUCAUAUGGUUCUGGAUCUUUGGCUCACAUGAUUCAAUGAUUUAGUUUUAUACAAUUUAGUAUUACAUUUUACGUUGCUGAGUAUGUUUGCGAAUUUUUAGUUUAUUUGCUUUUGUUUAUUGUUGUUUAUUAGGUUACCUUUGUCUUCAUCUAUGUGUCCUUCGCUCCCUCUCUAUCUGUGUGUCUUCUUUGCCCUCCAGCUCCUAGUCGUGUCCUAUCUUUCUGUCUCUCUCUUUUGUUACCAUGCUUCUCCUCCUUGUGUUUCUUUCCUCUUCUCCCCUCUAUGUCAUGUGAAUCCAUGUCUAUUUCUUCAACGAACCCAGUGUCAAGCUGUGUGUCUUAGUCUGCGGCUCAGUGUGUUUCCUGUUUUAUUUUGCACCCUGUGUUCAGUGGGUUCAGUUUUGCUUCCCUCUGUCUCAAGUCUACUGCUUGUGUUCCCUAUCUGUUUCCAUUUCCCUCCCUUCCCCGAAUUUAAAUGUAAAGAGGAACUUUUAUCCCGUUCAGCAGUAAUUUGUACAGUUCAUAAUGAAAAUUAAAGAAAAGACAAUGACUGAAUUCCUUUUGCUUAUGAAUAAAUAACAACAACAUUUAUAUAACCCAUUUUCCUACUUUAGAGUUUUUCCACAAAUAUGUCAAAGUUGUGUUAUGUAAUGUAAAAAUAAGC